CCCCCCCCCCGGCCACACUGAGUCUGUGCCAGCAGGGAGGGAGGCGGCGGCCUGUGCCGGGGCGGGCAGGUCCCUCCCACCCCCGGCGCUCCCGUCGGGUGGUUUGCACCCCUUGGACGUGUUUCCAAAAAAGCAUUUCCUCCUGCGCGGCCGCGGUAAAAGCCUGCGUGGGGAGGGCUGGUGCUCACUCACUGCGCGCUGCUGGCGGCGGCCAUGGGGUGCUGGGGCCCCCUGCCUGGGUGCUGAGCUGCCCCGACACCCCGCUGCACCCCUGCACCGCGCUCACUGCCAGGCAUGACCCAACCGCGUCACCUGCAAGGAUGAAGCGCUGCUGCCCGGGCGCAGGCUGGGUGAUCCUGGCAGCGCUGUGGCUCGCAGCAAGUGAAUCGCAGCCCCCAGGUUGCCGGGACUGCGCCCUGCCAUGGGGGCAGCAGGUGCCGGUGCGGCUGCAGAGGCACAUCACGAAAGCCCGCUGCCCCCUCGGCAUGAAUUGGGUCGAGGCAGUUCGCCAGUGCUGUACUCAGUGUCCUGCAGGUGAGAGCUGCCUGGCCAGCACAGCGCGGCUGUGGCACACUGGGACUGUGGCCCUACACAGCCAUGCUCCUUGUCACCCCAUUGUCCCCACAGGGAAGUUCCUGAGCACCCCCUGCUCCAGCAGUGGCAACGACACCGUCUGCACCUCCUGCCCCGCCGGCACCUUCCUCACCCAGCCCAACACUCUCACCGAGUGCCAGGCUUGCUACGAGUGCGACCACCAAACUUUCCAGACCGUGCUGACCAACUGCUCAGCCACCAGCAACGUCAUCUGCGGCUGCGAGACCGGCCACUUCCGCCAGUGCCACAACAGUGCCUGCAGUGAAUUCUCAUGCCAGCAGUGCGAGCCCUGCGCCGGGCGGCUCGUCCAGCGGCCCUGCUCGGAGGCGCAGGACACCGUCUGCGGUGGCUGCAAACCCAACUUCUACGCCGAGGGCAGUGAGUGCCGGCCGUGCCACACGAGCAUCCCCGAGACGUGCGGCAAGGAGUGCCAGCGGGUGUGCGGCGUCACCGGGGGCCAAGGCUCAGGGCUGGAGUACAUCCUGCUGGCACUCACAGGGCCCCUCUUCCUGGGUGCCCUCGGUAUCUACCACAAGAGGAAGCGUCUCUGGCACAAAACCCCAGCAGGCAGCCCCCUCACCCCGAUAUCCGGCCCUGUGGCCACGCCGCAGUGCCAGGUCAGUGCCCAGGGGUGGGACAGCCAGUGCUGGACCCAGCCACACUCCCCACCAGCGCUGGAGCAUGCCAGCGGCGUGGCAAGGCAGAGCCCCGAAUGCGAGGCACUACUGCGGGGGCAGCCCGGUGAGCUGGAGCCCUCUGCCCCUCCGGAGCCCCGCAGCGCCCUGAUGCAGGGCAGCCAGCUCUAUGCCGUCAUUGACGCAGUGCCAGUGCGGCGCUGGAAGGAGUUCAUGCGGGUGCUGGAGCUGCGGGAGGCAGAUAUUGAGCUGGUGGAGCUGGAGGUGGCUCACAUCCGCGACCAGCAGUACGAGAUGUUGAAGCGCUGGUGCCAACAGACCAGCGCUACGCUGGACCGCAUCUUCGCCGCACUGGAGCGCAUGGAGCUGGCCGGCUGUGCCGAGGCGCUGCGCCGGAGCCUGUCAAUGGGACCCUGACCCCUGGUGCUGCGCCCCAUCAGAGGGAGGUGCCUCAGCCGAGCCAUACCCCUAAGUAUUGUUACUUAUGCCGUGUAGACAUUUUAUGUCAGUUUAUGUCCCCUUCCUGCCCGCCGGCCCCCCCCUAUUUAUAUCCCCCUGCUCACGGGGCCAGAGGGGACCCCGCACACCGGCUGCCGGGCCCCUCGCGGGGUGAGCGGGCAUCGAGCCCCUUUGAACCCAUGGGAUAGUUCUCGAGGCCGCCCGCAGCUGGCGGCACGUGCCCCCACCCCAAUAAAGUGGCACGUUCUCCA